CGUUGCAUCCGCAAUGAAUAGCAGCAGUUAAGCAUCGAAGUGUGCUCAGUUUAGAUGUUUCCGCAGCAUCGGAAGUUAGUAAAUGUGUUUGUUUUCAAGAAUCGUUUUUGAACUCAGAACACGAAAUGUUUGAAAUAGAUACAAGCGUAGGCGCAACAUAUGACCACAAGUCCAAAGUGUGGUUUGGUCCGAAAUUCCAUGACCUCUACGAUCGCAACGCAUCUGUGGGACGCAUACUAUUCGAGCAGAUGCGUCGCUGUCCGCAUAGUAUCUGUCAAAUAUCCGACACUGAAUGCACGAGUUUAACCUAUGAAGAAGCUUUACUGCAGGCCAUACGUGUUGCUGAAUGUUUUCGCAAAAAGCAUUUGACGCAACGCGAUGUUGUUGGCAUGGUUGCACGGAAUACAACCCACAUGAUGGCCGUAGUCUUGGCGUGCUUCUUCAAUGGCAUCGCGCUGCAUGCGGUUAAUCCAAACUUGGAUGAAAAGUCUGUGAAAAGUCUUUUAGAAAUCACAAAGCCAAAAUAUGUCUUCUUCGAUGGACAGGACUAUGCGAAAGUUGAGCGUGCAACACAUGAGUUGGACACCAACUUGUGCACAUUAAGUAAUCAUCUACCGAACGUACUGUCUGUGAACGAUCUACUGCAACCAACUGGUUCGGAACAUAAGUUUACUCCCGCUAUAUUGGAGGAUGGACCAAAUCAAACUUUGGCUAUUUUAUGCUCAUCGGGUACUACAGGUGUUCCCAAAGCGGUGACGAUCUCGAAUCAUAAACGAUUUUUCGAUAUGUUGCACUUUCUCAACUCAGAAGAUGUACUCUUUGUUUUAAGCACAAUGGAUUGGCUAAGCGGCCUGAUAAUGCUCAUCGCUAGCAUUGGUUGUGGCGCUCAGCGGGUUAUUACUGAGCGACCCUUUGAUGCAGCAUAUUUUUUGAAACUAAUACCAAAAUACAAGAUCACAUUUACGAUUCUUGCAUCACCGCUUUUAGCUGUAUUACUUAAUAGCCAAAUGAUUACCGCUGAAAAAUUAGACAGUUUGCGAUUCGUUUUGUAUGGCGGUGGCAAUUGCGCCACACAUAUACAACAGGCCUUUCAAAAGUAUUUGAGGCACGCUCGUAUGAUCUGCGCCUAUGGCUUAACCGAGUUCGAAGGCGUAUUGACGAUGAAUUAUAAUUUGUCGGAGGAACCGAAAGCUGUGGGACGCUUACAGCCGGGCUAUAGAGCGAAGAUUAUAAAUGAAAGUGAUCAAUGUUUGGAACCCGGUGAGGUUGGUGAAAUCUGCUGUCAACACGACCGUCAAUGGCUGGGUUAUUAUAAUAAUAAUGACGCGACUGUAGCGAUUUAUGAAACGGAUGGUUGGCUACAUACGGGAGAUCUGGGCUUUUUCGAUACCGAUGGUUCCUUAUACAUUGUGGAUCGUAAGAAGAAUAUUCUGAAGUACCUUGGUAUGCAGUAUUGCACGCACGAAAUCGAAGAGACGAUCGUUCAAAUGCCAAAUGUGGCAGAAGUGUGUGUAUUCGGCGUAUCCAGAGACGAGGUAGGCGAUGUUGCAGCGGCGGUUGUAGUCAAAGUGACAGGUAGCUCGCUGACUGCGGCAGAUGUGAUCAAUUAUGUGAAAGAGCAUAUAGAGGCGACAUAUAAACACUUGCACGGUGGUGUACUCAUAGUCAAUGAGCUGCCGAAGAUGGGGAAUUCCAAGCUAAAUCGUAAAGCAAUUAAGGAAAUCUUCCUUUCAUCCCAAACAACACAAAGGCUAUAGAAGGUGCUAGAUUUGUUAGAAAAUAAGUAGGUAAAACGGUUAAUAUAGGAAAACAAAAAGAUCUACAUAAAUUAUUUGCAUUUUUAUUUGAUAUUAUUGUAUAUAUUCUGAGAAAAGAAAUCACCUAACUUUACAUUUUCAACGUUAAUGAGACUAAGAGAUAAAUAUAUUUUCGAACUUUAAGCGGCUACACCGAUAUGGUCAAAGACGCGAUC